GGUUUAUUGAAUUGAACCGAUGAACUCUGCCUGGGAAGUGGGAGCACUUGAGUGCUUGGGGGCGUCACUGCCCCUCCCCGGGACACUGAUCCCUUGGUCAAGGUGUCAGGGCUGGGUUACAAGAAGGCCAAGCGUCACACUCCUGGCUUUGCAUCCUGUUAUUCUGAACUGGAUUCGGGGAUACCAGGCCCAUAUAGUCAGCCUGUCUCCCCCCACACCCACGGAAGACAGCACUAGCCGAUCCUGAGCCCCGCCCGGCCCUCGGAAUCUUUCCACGGGGCACCCGCCAGCCAUCACCAAUCAAAUCCGAGUUGGCAGUUGAGAUCAAACGGACUUUUCAUCCCCGGCUGGAGCCUGGGUCGGGUGGAGAGACUCAUCAGAGAGGCGGGCAGCUGAGGACACGUCGAGGUCAGCUCUGUGCCCUGCCCUGGAGCUGCCAACCACGAGCAGACCACCCUCUUCAUGGAAAGCCCAGUGAAGUGGCCCCCCUGGUGAUGGCAUCCGACAGCGACGUGAAGAUGCUGCUGAACUUUGUGAAUCUGGCUUCCAGUGACAUCAAGGCGGCGCUGGACAAGUCGGCGCCGUGCCGCCGCUCUGUGGACCACCGCAAGUACCUGCAGAAGCAGCUCAAACGCUUCUCCCAGAAGUACUCCCGGCUGCCGCGGGGCCUCCCGGGCCGCGGGGCCGAGCCUCCCCUGAGGAGGGGGCCCGAGGACCGCCCCGGGAGGCUGCCCCUCAAUCCUGGCCCCGAUGCCAGCCCUCGCAGUGGUGGGGACUGCAAGGAGAAGGCUCUGGGGAACCCCUACAGGGAGGAGUGUCUCUCUAGGGAGCAGACCCUCCAGGGGCAGAAUCCAGGAGCGGCCAGGCCUGGCCAGGUGCCCAUGAGGAAAAGACAGCUGCCCGCUUCCUUCUGGGAAGAGCCGCGGCCCACCCACAGCUACCCCGUGGCGCUAGAGGGGGUGCUGGGCCCCAGAGAGGGACCUCCCUAUGAGUGUAAGAAGCACUGCAGGGGCUUGGAGCUCUUCGGGCCCGAGAUGGCCCUGAUCCCCAUGUCCCCAAGGGCGCUGGCUGAAAAGGAGCCCCCCAAGUUGCCUGGGGUCUCCCUGGUGGGCCGUGUCAAUGCCUGGAGCUGCUGCCCCUUCCAGUACCAUGGACAGCCCAUCUACCCGGGCCCUCCAGGGGCCUUGACGCAGGGCCCGGUCCCCAGCCUGGGCCUGUGGCGGAAAAGCCCGGCUUCCCCCGGGGAGCUGGCCCAUCUGGCCAAGGAUGCGGAUGGCCCGGGGCAGAAGGUAUACAGGCCCGUGGUUCUGAAGCCCAUCCCCACGAAGCCGGCCAUGCCCCCGCCCAUCUUCAACGUCUUUGGCUACCUCUAGGGGGGCUGCGGGCCGUGCUCCCGCCUCCGGCCUGCGGGCUGUUGGGUCCCAGGAGCUGCCCUGUGAGGAGUGGGCCGGGCCGCGGUGUGGCCUCUUGAGAACCUUCCCUUUACAUGUGUGUGGGGGGCAGGGAGGGCAGGACCGGGCCCGGCCUUCUCAGGCCGUCGCCUUGGGAGCUGCGGGCCGGGCUCAGCGGGUCCCCCUCCAGCCAGAGCCCAGCAGAUCAUCCCCGCCCUGCCCUCCGCCUCCCCGCUUCCCCGUGCAGACCUCGGGCGGCGGGGCUUUGCCCUGGUCUGCCCGCACCCCCGAAGCCCAGUUACACAUCUGUUCUUCUGCCACCCAC